AUGAAGUUCUUUAUUGACAAUCUACCCAUCAUCUUCCCGUACGACCGUAUCUAUCCUGAACAAUAUGCCUAUAUGUGCGACUUAAAGCGCACUCUCGAUGCAACGGGCCACUGUGUCCUAGAGAUGCCUUCUGGAACUGGGAAGACGGUAUCCCUUCUCUCACUGAUUGUUUCCUAUCAGCAAUUCUUCCCUACGCGGCGGAAACUCAUUUACUGCUCGCGAACUGUCCCUGAGAUCGAGAAAGCAUUAGCGGAGCUGAAAAGGUUGAUGGAGUAUCGAAUCAAGUGCGCAGAAACGGAGGAGGAAAAAGAGAAAGAACGAAACUUUAUGGGCCUUGGCUUGACAAGUAGGAAGAACCUUUGUAUCAAUCCUGAGGUCGCAAAAGAGAAGAAGGGCAAGGUCGUGGAUGCAAGAUGCAGGGACUUGACGAACUCAGCCGUUUGUGAGAAGGGACGAGCAGACCCCGGUUCAGUGGAGCUCUGUGAUUGGCAUGAGACAUUAGGCAAGAUGGAGCCCGGACAUUUGAUACCGACGGGGAUUUGGACAUUGGCUGACAUUCUACAACAUGGGCGCGACAAAGGAAUAUGCCCAUACUUUGCUGUUCGUCGAAUGAUGCCCUUCGCCGACGUUAUCAUCUAUUCUUUCCACUAUCUCCUAGACCCUAAGGUCGCAGAACAAGUGUCAAAAGAAAUGUCAAAGGAUGCUAUUGUAGUGUUCGAUGAAGCACAUAACAUUGACAACGUUUGCAUCGAGUCUCUCAGCAUCGACCUGACGCGACCCAUGCUUGACUCUGCUGGCCGCAGCGUGACCAAACUGUCAGAGAAAAUCGAAGAAAUCAAGACCACGGAUGCUGCCAAACUACAAGACGAAUACGCCAAGUUAGUUGAGGGUUUACAGGAAUCUAUCACAGAACAGGACGACACGGAUGCCUUCAUGGGAAAUCCCUUGCUACCUGACGACCUCCUGAACGAGGCUAUCCCCGGAAACAUUAGGAAGGCGGAGCACUUUGUUGCGUUUUUGAAACGAUUCGUGGAAUAUCUGAAGACGCGAAUGCGUGUGCUUCAUGUGGUGGCAGAGACUCCGCUAUCCUUUCUACAGCAUUUGAAAGAUAUUACUUAUAUAGAGCGGAGGCCGCUACGCUUCUGUGCUGAACGGCUACAAUCUUUGAUAAGAACCUUGGAAUUGAACCGGCUAGAUGAAUAUGCUAGUCUCCAGAAGGUAGCAAGCUUUGCGACUUUAGUCUCCACAUACGAGAAAGGCUUUCUUCUGAUUCUUGAGCCAUUCGAGACCGAUAACGCUACUGUUCCAAAUCCGGUGUUCCAUUUCACUUGUCUGGACCCGUCUCUCGCCAUCAAGCCUGUAUUCGAGCGGUUCAGUAGCGUGGUUAUCACCUCUGGAACAAUCUCGCCUCUUGACAUGUACCCAAAGAUGCUACAAUUUACGCCUGUUGUUCAAGAGACCUAUCCAAUGACGUUAACGAGGAAUGCAUUUCUGCCACUGGUCAUCACCCGCGGCAGUGAUCAAGUUGCAAUCAGUUCACGCUUCGAAGUUAGAAACGACCCAGCUGUGGUUCGCAAUUUCGGAAGUAUCCUAGUUGAAUAUAGCAAAAUCGUUCCAGAUGGUAUUGUCGCGUUCUUUCCAAGCUAUCUCUACAUGGAAUCCAUUGUUGCGGCAUGGAAUGAUAUGGGCAUUUUGAAUGAAGUAUGGAAACACAAACUUAUUUUUGUUGAGACGCCGGAUGCCAACGAGACAAGCAUUGCGUUGGAAAAUUAUCGAAGACAGGCAUGCGACAACGGUCGCGGCGCCGUGCUGCUUUCUGUUGCUCGAGGAAAGGUCUCUGAGGGAAUCGACUUUGACCACAACUACGGUCGCGCCGUCAUCAUGUUUGGAGUACCUUACCAGUACACUGAAAGUCGUAUCCUCAAGGCACGGUUGGAAUACCUUCGUGACGCUUACCGAAUUCGAGAGUCCGAAUUUUUGGGAUUUGACGCUAUGCGAAACGCUGCUCAAUGUGUGGGACGUGGUUUGCGCGGAAAGACCGACUGGGGUUUGAUGAUAUUCGCUGACAAGCGCUUUGCCCGGGCAGAUAAGCGAGCAAAGUUGCCUCGGUGGAUAAAUCAGUAUAUCACAGAGACUGCCUCUAACCUCUCCACUGACAUGGCGAUAACUCUCUCAAAGCUGUUUAUGCGGACAAUAUCGCAAAAUCCAAAUGAAAACCAAACGGGUGUCUCACUGUGGACGCUGGAAGACGUUGAAAAGGCUCAAGCGAAGCAAAGAGAGCUGGCAUUGGAAGCUGAAAACCACAGGCAGGAUGAUGACGAGUACGGAGAUGGGGGGCUCAGUGACACUGCUCUAAUGGAUUUCGAUUUGAAUAUUUAA